AUGGUCCAAAAACCAUUCCCAAGCAACCGCGACAAGCGCAGCUACGACAUCUUUGAGCUGCUUCACCUUGACAUCUGUGGUCCUAUGGAAAGCAAUUCGUUAGGCAGCAGCAGAUACCUGCUGCUGAUUGUGGACGAAGCUAGUGGAUGCAUGAAGGAUUUCUGUCUACGCACGAAAUCGGAGAGCGAAGACUGCAUCCGGAAGUACAUUACGAUGAUACAGACGCAGUUUGGCAAGAAGAUCAAUUUUGUGCGACAUGACGGAGCCCGCGAGUUUGCAACCAGCUCGCUUCAAGUUUUCUAUGAAGAUGAAGGCAUUGAACAGCAGACCACAGUGCCAUACGCACAUCAAACCAACGGCACGGCAGAGCGAGCCAUUCGAACCAUUGUCACGAUCGGCCGCAGCAUGCUCCAUCAUGCCAAGCUGGAAAGUGCUUCUGGGCUGAAGCGGCAAUGA